UUUGCACCAGGGUUCGGUGAAGGCAGGGGAUGAGGUCCUGAUUGAGGAGCCCCCCAAAAAGAUAAGGAAGGGGAAUUGUCUGGAGGAUCGGCAUCAAGGGCCAUUCACCGUGCAAUCGUUGACAGAGAAGGGUGUGGCAAGUGUCAAUAUCUCUGGGAAAAUCAGAAAGAUGAAUGUGUCACGGCUGAGGUCCUACUUUCGGCCAGAAGACCACAGCUCAAAGGGCAGCCGUGAUGCUGUACUGGUGGACCACCUAUAUGCCAGGGCAGCUCCACCACCACCACCAGCAGCUCCAUCCGCAGCAGCAGAUCCACCUGCAGAUGUGUCAGUGUGUGGGCUAGACUGUGGUGGGCUGACACACUUGACACACCUUUUUCCAGAAGAUCUGACUGAAUUACAGGUUGAUGAUCUACUACCUCAGACUCAGUCUGAGUGUAUUGGGCAUAUUGGAGAAAACAAGGUGUUGCGGCAGGAGUUGCAGUCGUUAUGGCUGGGCCGCCCAGUUGAAGCAACUGGGAAGGAUGUAUAUGCAGCCAUUGCAUAUUCAGAUGAAUCUCUCAGCGUACCUGGCGAUACUGCAUCAAAGGACCUACUGGUUUUUCCAGUAUGGAAACAAAGCCACUGGUCCAUAUGUCUCAAUAGCAACCCGUCUGGUUGCUAAUGGCCACUGGAAAUUACGUAAUAAAAAACAAGAAUGUUCCAGGCCAGACUGAGCCACACGACCCUGGCAUCUUCGUGCUUAUGUAUGCACUUUACAAGACAUUUGGCUGGGCUUUUGACUUCACGCAGAAUGACAUCCCUUUGUUAAGGAGGUGGUGGUGCCUGGUCAUCAUCAACAGCAUGGCCAGUGUCAGUGAUGACCCACAAUUUGAGCUUUUGUCCACGCCUGUCAGUCCUGCCUCCGUUGAACAGAGAGAAGAUUCAGAUGAGGACACAACCUCUUGGGCGGAGAGAGAAGAGCAUUUGAGGGAGCUCCAAGUCUUGAACGAAGAUUAUCAGGACACUAAAUGGCUCUUCGAAGAAGCAAGCAGGGCAGCUGACUGGCUGCAAAAAAACACCGGCAUAAUUCCAGCGGGAAGAUACAGGCUGCCACGAGUGUUGGCCAUGGAGGCGGAGGAGCGGGAGGAGGUGAUGUCGAAAAAGUUUGUUCAGAUGGACACCGAAUGGAUGGACCUUUUCACCUUUCAUUUUGCAAACUUUGAGGACCAUGAACUGUUCAUGGUUCAUGUGCGGGACCAGCAUGAUAUAAGGCCGCUGACAGAAUUUAAAAAAAUAAAAUAAACCACCCCCCCCC